CUGAAACACAAAAAACAACCGGAGGAGUGUGUGUUGACAUUACACGGUAGCUGGGAGGGAUAGAAAACAGACAGCGGGUAAAAUGGCGGGUGACAGCACGUACGAAUAUUUCGGCGGGAUCGAAGGAGGUGCUACACAUUCCAAGAUGGUACUCUUCCGAUCAGACGGCAAAGUGAUGGCCUGGACAGAGGGUCCAUCCACCAAUCAAUGGCUAGUUGGACAGGAGGAAUGCCUGAAGAGAGUUAGUCAGAUGGUCCAAGAGGCAAAGAAAAUUGCAGGUCUGGACGAGGACAAACCUAUUAAGGCUCUGGGAUUAGCUAUGAGUGGAGCAGACCAAAAGGAAGCUCAGCAGCAAAUUAUUGAUGGCAUGAAAUCCAAAUAUAGUCAAGUGAGUCAGAAUGUGGCGGUUUCCAGUGAUACAAAUGGCUCCAUAGCAACAGCCACUGCAACAGGGGGAAUAGUCCUGAUAGCAGGUACAGGGUCAAACUGUCAGCUCGUUAACCCUGACGGCAGUACCUACAGGUGUGGUGGAUGGGGCCACCUGAUAGGGGACGAGGGCUCAGCCUACUGGAUUAGCCAGCGAGCUAUGAAGGCGUACUUUGAUCACGAGGACAACCUCCACCCUCUGAAGUGUGACGUAACCUUCGUCAGGGACACAAUGCUGAAAUAUUUCAAGAUAGAGGAGAGAAAUGGACUCCUCCACUACCUGUACACAAAGUUUGACAAGUCCUUCAUCGCCGGUCUGUGUAAAGAGCUAGCAGCAGGUGCCACAGAAAAAAAGGACGAACUCUGUCAGCAGUUGUUUCGCGAUGCUGGACAGAUCCUAGCCAGACAUGUUCUAGCACUGGAACCAAAGAUCGAUCAGAAACUGCUGGAGCAGGGCCUGAGUGUGGUAUGUGUGGGGUCGGUUUGGAAAAGCUGGGAUCUUAUGAAGCAAGGAUUCAUGAAGGAGAUUGAGAGUAGAGAUCACAGAAUUCGCCACCUGAGCCUAUGUGAACUUAAACAGUCGGCGGCCGUUGGUGCCGCUGGUAUAGGCGCCACAAGUGUCGGAAGCACCCUGCCACUAGACUACGCCGCUAAUGCCUCAGUGUUCUUUCAAACACAACUCGGAAAAUGAACUUUGUCUUGAUUGUUGCAGUUUAUUUAGUCAGCUUAAGGUGGAGAGUCCCAGCACUCUUUGUUGUAUCUCCAAUGAAGAAGAGUUCGUAUUUGUUUGGAAUUUUCCUGAUUCGGAGUUGCUUGUCAAUUUACUAUGUAGCAAAGAGUUAUAAACGAAAGAAAUAUAUUUAAUAUGAAAGCUUUAUUCACAAACCAUCCCUGCCACAUAGGCUAACUCUGUUGGCCUCUUGAUUAUAAAACUGGGAACCUAUCUGCUACACCACCGGCCAUUAUAUUAAUCAGGCAAAUAGUUUUCCUUAAAAAAUAUUGUGAAUGAUUAAAACAAAAUUGAACUCCCUAAAAUGGCCUGUUCCCUACAGAUGUCUUUGUAUGAAUAUGGAAGGAAGAAAAAAGGAAAACUUUCGAGGCCUGUAUACAGUAUACAAGUGAUGGGAUUCUCUACCUUAACUGACCAUUGGUUAACCGGGGAGUCUAAAUGACCAUUGGUUUACUGGUCAGUCUAAAUGACCAUUGGUUUACUGGUCAGACUAUAUAAUAUAUAAAUGACCAUUGGUUUACUGGUUUGUCUAAAUGACCGUUGGUUUACUGGUCAGUCUAAAUGACCAUUGGUUUACUGGUCAGUCUAAAUGACCAUUGGUUUAUUGGGAACUAUUUGUUCAUUACAAAUCUGGGGUUAAAUUAAGGAUCUAUGCCUAGUUGUAGAAACAAGCUAAGCUUAAAAUUUAAUUUAUACAGAUUUUUCAUGCUGUUAAUGAUAAAUUUGAAGCAAACGGUGCACAUAACUGGGAUUAAACUCAUCAUCUGAAGUCAAUUUAAGACAGGAAAUACUAAGAAUAUGUAAAGUUUGUGAUUUCUCGAAAUAUUUAUUUCAACUUUUAACUUUCCUUUGGCUUUGAACAAGUAGUUGUGGGAUGUUUGGGAAAUUUUUUUGAGGUAAAAUCUAAAAAUUGAAAGAUAUUCCUUCCUAUGAUUGUUAACUUUAUAAUUAAUUAUUCUGUGUACAGUGGAGCAUAUAAUUUCAGCAGGCACUAAUGUUUCUAGGUUAACCAAAAAUAAUGUUCCCAGCUGAAGUGGUUAGAUUGUGAGACAGGUGAAAUCACAUGAACAAUUUUGUAAAGAAUAAAAUAGCCAAUAUGUCUACUGUAACACGGAUGGGAUAGUGGGACAACCGUAUCAGUUAUAUCUUGAAGGGCUAUAUCUUGCAAAUGAGUGUAAACUGUACUUAAAAUGGGAUGAAAAACAUCCAUCAACAUUGCAGAUUAUGAAAAAAAAUACUUUUUGUAUAAAGUGUUUCAUAAUUGUCCAUAUAGAAACUACUCUAUGCCAGAAAACUUUUGCCCAGUCAAGUUUUGUUCCCUUCGCCUUUAAAAUCCAUAUUCACCAGAGUUAAUUUCGCCCUUCAUUUCUCAUUGCUAUACAUAUUAUGUUAAAUUUGCCCUCAUUAUAGAGGGUGAAAAAAAGGCGCAAAUUUUCCUGUAUACAGUAUUUGAUUAAAUUAUGCAGUAGUUAGGAGACUCAACUGAAACAAAAAAAAAGAUGAUAUUUAUUUCUAGUUAUUUGCAUAUUCAAUAUUCAUUAGCCCUUUCACCUCUGUAGACCAUAAUGGACUCAUCUGUACCAAUGCAUGGUAGAGUCUACUUAAGUUACAUAGGGGUGA